GCCUCUGUGCGCGCAACUUCUUCAAUGUCGGAAGCUGGCAUUUUUCAUACAAAUAAGAUUGAUGGUGGAAAUUCUCAUAAAAGCUAAUUGGAAAGAUUAGAAAUAUGAUGCUACUUAGGGGCGAAUAUAUUAAAAGAUAUGUGUAUGGAAAUUGUGAGUCAGAGCGGGCCCUUCAUUGUCCCAUACAUCGAGGGGGCAAUCAAUAAUUUUGUAUUCUGCCACGCUAGUUGUACACCGCCUGGGAUAUCAGCAUUUGUUAAUCAUUUCUCCAUACAUCAACUUUCCCAUAAGCAACCCAGCUGUGAGGAAGACAAACCAAACCACAACCUGAGCAUUUUCGCCAUCAUGUCUUCCAAUGUUGGUCUUACUACGCCUAGAGGAAGUGGAACCUCAGGCUACGUUCAAAGGAAUCUUGCGCAUAUGAAACCUCGCGACCAAGCUAAGCCUUAUUCCACGGAUAUCGACAGUCUUAAACAUAGACAACGACAGCCAGAUAAAGGGAUCCUUGAGCAUGACAGGAAACGAGAAGUCGAAGUCAAGGUCUUUGAGUUACGUGAUAAACUAGAAGAAGAAGGGUAGGUUCUUGAGACGCAUUCAUUAAUCGUGGGUGGGCUAACAGUGGGCAUAGAGUCGACGAGGAAGAAAUUGAAAUACAAGAAGAUGCGUUACGAAAGAAGCUCUUGAAGGAGAUGGAGAGAGGUAACGGCCCAAGUAUGAAAGGUUUGAAGAUGCAUCAAGUACAUGAGUUGGCAGAGGCAAAAAUUAAGCAAGAUAAUAAGUUCAGGAGUGCGUUGGGCAUUUCUAAGGAUUAUAAGGAGGGCGGCCAUUGGCAGAAGCAGGAAGAGAGACAGAGAGCUGCGAUGGAAAAUAAUGGUGAAGGUGCCACGGUUUCAUCUAAUAGAUGAGUACGAAAUGACGUCAUACCAGCAACACACCAAGAUGUUUCGACUGGAAAUUACCAUUGAAAAGAUGGGUGCCUUCUUCAAAUCUAUAAGCUGGACGAACAGACGAUGAUGGAGAACUGGGAGGGCUUGCAGACCGCGUCGCUUUCCAAAACUCGAUAAAUCACUCCAUCAGGUGGUCCUGGGUUGGAGUACGGGCGGACUUACUUUCUUGGCUCAUAAUUGGAUUUACUUGUUUGCGACUUUCAUGCGGAGCUUCACAAAAUUG